AUGCGAUGGGAGCGAAGAGCAGCGCAGGGAGAAGAGCAGGCGGAGAGGAGAGCUGGGGAGUUGAGGGUUGGAGAGCAGAGGGUUGGAGAGCAGAGGGUUGGAGAGCAGAGGGUUGGAGAGCAGAGGGUUGGAGAGCAGAGGGUUGGAGAGCAGAGGGUUGGAGAGCAGAGGGUUGGAGAGCAGAGGGUUGGAGUGCAGAGGGUUGGAGAGCAGAGGGUUGGAGAGCAGAGGGUUGGAGAUCCGUACGAGUGGGAGGGGGGACGGGGUGAAGGGAGGAGGGGUGGAGCAAGAGGGGGUGACGUUGGGGAGGGAGGAUGGGAUGGGGAGGACCUUGCAACAGUUUCUCUUUCCCCUCUCCUCUCCCCCGUUCCCGGUUCCCCCUCCUCCCUCGCUAAUGUUGUUAGUGGAGCUAUUGUUCCUCCCCUCCUCCCUUCCUUCAUCCUCCUUCCCAUUUCCACCUUUCCUCCUCUUCGCCCUUCCUUUCAACUCCCCUACGGUGGACGGCACGUGCUAGAGGUGCUUGGUCUCUCUGAUGACGUGGCCACUGCUGACGUGGAGGCAGUCAUUCACAACCUAGUCAUGGAAGCCACGUGCAUGGAUGCUGCUGCGUCCUCUGUGCUAUCAGCAGCGACAGCAGCUCUGGCAGGCGCUGCCUCGCCGCCCUUCCACUUCCGCCCUUUAGACACUGCCUCGGAGCACUACCCUUUCAUCCGCCGACGAGAUCUAGAAACCCCCAUUCCUCGCCCCGCCACUUCAAUUCGGGCAGCGCAAAGAAUGAUCGCGGGGGCACUUGCAGCGACCAAUCAGAAUGCAGCCCUGGCAAUCCGGGCAGCAGCAGCGGCGGCAGCAGCAGCAGCAGGAGGAGUGGCCGGGCAGGUUGGAGAGAAGAGGAUGGAGGCUGAGAGGAGGAUGAGACUGGAGGAGCGGAGGCGACUCAAGGACGAGGCAUGGGGGGAUGACUGA